CCCGGUCCCCCUCCCCCCCCGCCCCGCUACCGCGUCUCCUGGGCUCCCAGCAACUGGCUCGAAGAGCUUCCCUCACCCUGAGGAACAGCCCGCCAGCGAGGAGACGCGAGCCGGGCGGGAGGCACAGAGGAGACACCGCAUUUUUCUAAAAGGCAAGAAAGAAAGGAAGGAAGGAAAAACAUAACCCGAGCGGCGCAGAGUGGACUCUGGUCCCGAGGAGCACGGUCGGGCGCCGGAACGUGGACCGAGAGACACCGGAAUGCAAACAAAGCUCGCGGGCGCCUGUGCAGGGCUCGCGGGGAAGCCCAGAAAGGUUGUUUUAUGAUGGCUUGAGUGCGCGAGUGUGUGCAGGAGAGCGAGGCUGCCAAGUUUCUCUCUCCGGUUUCGUUAUUUGUGGAGCUAUGGUUCUCUCAUGAACCAGCGGAGGCGUGGGGGCUCGUGCUGUGGUGGGCACCUGUCUCUCAUUUUUUUAUUUUUAUUUUUUCGGGGGAGGGGUGUAACUCAUCAUGUCGAAAGUGAUCCAGAAGAAGAACCACUGGACUAGCAGGGUUCACGAAUGCACUGUGAAGCGGGGACCCCAGGGCGAACUGGGGGUGACCGUGCUGGGGGGCGCGGAAAACGGGGAGUUUCCAUACGUCGGAGCCGUGGCGGUGGCCGAAUCCGCGGGGCUUCCCGGCGGCGGCGAGGGCCCGAGACUGGGCGAGGGGGAGCUGAUCCUGGAAGUGCAGGGGAUCCGGGUGUCCGGCUUGCCCCGUUAUGACGUGCUGGGAGUCAUCGACAGCUGCAAGGAGGCCGUCACCUUCAAAGCUGUCAGACAAGGAGGAAGGCUGAACAAGGACCUGCGACAGUUUCUCAAUCAGCGGUUCCAGAAGGGGUCUCCUGAUCAUGAGCUCCAGCAGACCAUAAGGGAUAACCUGUACCGCCAUGCUGUGCCUUGCACGACCCGGUCUCCACGAGAAGGAGAAGUGCCUGGCGUGGACUACAACUUUCUGACUGUGAAGGAGUUCUUGGACCUCGAGCAGAGUGGGACUCUUCUGGAAGUUGGCACCUAUGAAGGAAACUAUUAUGGGACACCCAAACCUCCUAGCCAGCCAGUCAGUGGGAAAGUGAUCACAACGGAUGCCUUGCAAAGCCUUCAGUCUGGCUCCAAGCAGUCGACCCCGAAGCGAACCAAGUCUUACAAUGAUAUGCAAAAUGCUGGCAUAGUCCAUGCGGAGAAUGAGGAGGAGGAUGAUGUUCCUGAAAUGAACAGCAGCUUUACAGCCGAUUCUGGUGACCAAGACGAGCACACGGUCCACGACACAGCUCUACCGCCUGUCAAUAGUAGCACCAUCGCUGCUCCCAUCACGGACCCUUCUCAGAAGUUCCCUCAAUACCUACCUCUUUCCACAGAGGAUAAUUUAGGUCCUCUACCUGAAAACUGGGAGAUGGCCUAUACCGAAAAUGGCGAAGUCUAUUUCAUAGACCAUAACACAAAAACAACAUCUUGGUUAGACCCUCGGUGCCUGAACAAGCAGCAGAAGCCCCUUGAAGAGUGUGAAGAUGAUGAAGGGGUACACACCGAGGAGCUGGACAGUGAACUAGAACUGCCUGCUGGUUGGGAAAAGAUUGAAGACCCUGUCUAUGGUAUCUACUAUGUAGACCACAUCAACAGGAAGACACAAUAUGAGAACCCAGUUCUAGAAGCCAAACGGAAGAAGCAGCUUGAACAGCAGCAGCAACAGCAGCAGCCCCAGCCCCAGCCGCAACAGCAACAGCAGCAGCCGCAGGAAGAAUGGACAGAAGAUCACUCAUCCCUCGUGCCUCCUAUAAUUCCAAACCACCCCGCAAGCAAUCCUGAGCCGGCCAGAGAAGCUCCACUUCAGGGCAAACCCUUUUUUACGCGAAAUCCUUCUGAAUUGAAAGGCAAAUUCAUUCACACAAAGCUUCGGAAAAGCAGUCGUGGCUUUGGCUUCACAGUGGUUGGAGGGGAUGAACCUGAUGAGUUUCUUCAAAUCAAGAGCUUGGUCCUAGAUGGUCCUGCUGCGUUGGACGGCAAGAUGGAAACAGGGGAUGUAAUUGUCAGCGUGAAUGACACCUGUGUUUUGGGACACACGCAUGCUCAAGUUGUGAAAAUCUUCCAGUCGAUUCCUAUUGGUGCCAGCGUGGACCUUGAACUCUGCCGAGGUUAUCCGUUACCUUUUGACCCAGAUGACCCCAAUACAAGUUUAGUGACCUCGGUGGCCAUUUUGGAUAAAGAACCAAUUAUUGUGAAUGGACAAGAGACCUAUGAUUCGCCAGCUAGCCACAGUAGUAAAACAGGCAAAGUCAGCAGCAUGAAGGAUGCCAGACCAAGCAGCCCUGCUGACGUGGCUUCAAAUGGUUCCCAUGGGUACCCCAAUGACACUGUCUCUUUGGCUUCCUCUAUAGCCACUCAGCCGGAACUCAUAACCGUUCAUAUAGUCAAAGGGCCAAUGGGCUUUGGUUUCACCAUCGCAGACAGUCCUGGCGGUGGCGGCCAAAGAGUGAAACAGAUUGUUGACAGUCCCAGGUGCCGAGGCCUGAAAGAAGGGGAUCUUAUAGUGGAAGUUAAUAAAAAGAACGUGCAGGCUCUAACUCACAAUCAAGUCGUUGAUAUGCUGAUCGAAUGUCCAAAGGGAAGUGAGGUCACACUGCUCGUGCAGCGAGGAGGGCUGCCAGUUCCCAAGAAGAGCCCAAAGUCGCAACCACUGGAAAGGAAGGACAGCCAGAAUAGUUCUCAGCACAGUGUCUCCAGUCACCGAAGCCUGCACACGGCGUCCCCAAGCCACAGCACACAGGUUCUCCCGGAGUAUUCACCUGCAGAGGCCCCAGCUCCUGAUCAGACCGACAGCUCUGGGCAGAAAAAACCAGAUCCUUUUAAAAUCUGGGCCCAGUCCAGGAGCAUGUAUGAAAACCGACCUAUGUCACCUUCGCCUGCAUCGGGAUUGAGCAAGGGUGAUAGAGAAAGAGAAAUCAAUUCCACGAAUUUUGGAGAAUGUCAGAUUCCAGAUUACCAGGAACAGGACAUCUUCCUCUGGAGAAAAGAGACUGGAUUUGGAUUUAGAAUUCUGGGUGGCAAUGAACCAGGAGAACCUAUUUACAUUGGUCACAUCGUACCACUGGGUGCUGCUGAUACAGACGGCCGCCUGAGGUCUGGAGAUGAAUUAAUCUGUGUGGAUGGAACACCAGUCAUUGGAAAAUCACACCAGCUUGUGGUCCAGCUCAUGCAACAGGCCGCCAAGCAAGGCCACGUCAAUCUCACAGUGCGGCGCAAAGUGGUAUUUGCAGUCCCCAAGACAGAGAACGAAAUGCCCUCCCCAGCCUCAUCCCACCACAGCAGCAACCAGCCCGCAUCGCUGACCGAGGAGAAGCGCACGCCGCAGGGCAGCCAGAACUCGCUGAACACAGUGAGCUCAGGCAGUGGCAGCACCAGCGGCAUCGGCAGCGGCGGCGGCGCGGGCAGCGGCGUGGUGAGCACCGUGGUGCAGCCCUACGACGUGGAGAUCCGGCGUGGGGAGAACGAGGGUUUCGGCUUCGUCAUCGUGUCCUCGGUGAGCAGGCCCGAAGCAGGCACGACCUUUGCAGGCAAUGCAUGUGUGGCUAUGCCUCACAAAAUAGGUCGGAUUAUUGAGGGGAGCCCUGCUGACCGCUGUGGCAAGCUGAAAGUAGGAGACCGGAUCUUGGCAGUGAAUGGAUGUUCCAUCACCAACAAAUCCCAUUCAGACAUUGUCAACCUAAUCAAGGAAGCGGGAAACACAGUUACCCUCCGCAUCAUUCCUGGGGAUGAGUCCUCAAAUGCCACCUUGUUGACCAAUGCAGAGAAGAUUGCCACCAUUACCACCACACACACCCCUUCUCAGCAAGGGGCCCAGGAGACAAGAAAUACCACCAAAGCAAAGCAGGAAUCUCAGUUUGAGUUCAAAGCACCCCAGGCAACACAGGAGCAAGAUUUUUACACUGUGGAACUGGAGAGAGGAGCCAAGGGAUUUGGCUUUAGCCUUCGAGGGGGCCGAGAGUAUAAUAUGGACCUCUAUGUUCUGCGCUUAGCAGAAGAUGGUCCUGCAGAAAGAUGUGGAAAAAUGAGGAUUGGAGAUGAAAUUUUAGAGAUCAAUGGCGAGACCACCAAAAACAUGAAGCAUUCUCGGGCUAUAGAACUGAUUAAAAAUGGUGGCCGCAGAGUUCGUCUGUUUCUGAAGCGAGGAGACGGCUCAGUACCAGAAUAUGACCCCAGCAGCGACAGGAACGGCCCCUCCACCGGUCCCCAAGGUGUUCCGGAAGUGAGGGCCGGGCCCUCCGACCGCAGACCGCAUCCGUCAUUGGAGUCCAGUUACCCACCCGAUCUUCACAAAUCAUCACAGCAUGGGGAAAGGCGGGCACACGCGAGAGAUCCCAAAGGCAGCAGAGAGUACAGCAGACCACCCAGCGAGCACCACACCUGGAAUGGGACUUCUAGAAAACCCGACAGCGGGGCAUGCCGACCCAGGGACCGGGCACCCGAGGGCCGCAGAGAAGCGCAGGCUGAGCGGAUGACAACCAACGGACCCAAGAGGAGACCCGCAGACAAGCUCAGGGAAGGCACCCGCAGCGCCGACACCACUUUGGAGCGGCGGGAGAAGCACGAGAAGAGAAGGGAGGCGUCUCCGGAGAAGAGGCGGGAAAGGUCCCCCACCCGCAGGAGGGACGUCUCGCCUGGCCGUCGGAGGAGGUCUCUGGAAAGACUCUUGGAUCAGCGGAGGUCUCCGGAGCGCAGGAGAGCCAGCUCGCCGGAAAGGAGAGCCAAGUCGACCGAUCGGAGGCGGGCGAGGUCCCCGGAGCGAAGGCGAGAGCGGUCACUGGACAAAAGGGGCAGGGAGGACAAAGGCAGCCACCGAGAGAGGGAAGAGGCCGAUCUGAGACAGGAUGCCGGCAGGAGUUCCAGACACCCCCCGGAACAGAGAAGGCGACCUUACAAAGAAUGUAGCACCGACCUCAGCAUCUGAGACUCGGACUCGCAUUCCAACCUUUACCGUGUCAAAGGUUCUAGGAGGAGGGUCACAAACCUGAGAUCAUUUCGGUUCUUACUAAUGAAGCAUCUGACACCUGAUGAUCCUACGAAUAGCGACAAACAUUUUAUGCAUUUGAAACCUUAUAGGAAAACAAAUAUAUAUGAAAAGUGUUGUGCCUGAUGUAUAAUAUUAAAGAAAGUAUUUUUCAAUGCGUACCUUUUUGGAAAUUAUUUGCCAAAUGCUGGCCCGAAGGGAUAUAAAUUUCAUUUCUACAUAAACAGUAGAAUUUUAAGAAUUGUUCCCUGUUUUGGGCAGUCUUUUUCUCUCCUGGUUAAAUGGGGCUGCUGGUGAUUUUCUCUAAGUAAGGGAAAUUAUUACGUUGAAUUAGUUUGCUGUAGACUAUUAGGUAGUGAUGUAGUACUACACCCGUAGUCAGGAGUUCUUAAAUGCAAAGAGCAAGAAGGCAAACUAAUAUCUGUAAAGGCGGAGGACCUUUUGGGCUGGAGUAGGAUUGCUGAUGAUCCUAAAAUUAAGCAAACUGUGUGAUGAGACUACUAUUGCAAAUGAAGGAUAUUUAUAGCUAAACUAUGCAGUGCAAGGAAAUGUUACCUUCUUGAGUUAUAGAUGGUUCAGAAAACCAUUUGUACUCUCUCUGGCCCAGGCAGGCACAGGAACAAGAAGUUUGGCUGCCAUUGCCCAAGCACAGAUGGUCAGGUUCAUCCUCAUCUCCGACAUCUAAUAAGAGCUCACUGAAGGCAGGGCCAUUGCCGCGUUGCUCAACUACUGGAAAGAUGGACAACGCCGGGGGUGAGGGAGACCUAAGCUCCCCAGUAAUGGAAAAUAUGUUCCCUGUUUGUAGCCUAAACCCAUGAUUGACCUUUGCUAAACCGGGGAGGAGAGAAUGAGCCUUGCUGGAAGAAACCUCUCUAUUGAUAUUUAAAGAAGUAAGGGUUGGGGGCACUCAUUCUUAGAAAUGCAGCUUUUUGCUUCAAAACCAUGAUCAAAGUCUCUAGGUUCAUGGAUGGGGAAGGAAGAAAGUUAUCCCAGUAAUUCUUAAUCUUGUUGGGAAACCUCUGCCCUAUUACCCUGUCCAUUGAGUCUUUGGACAGCAGCACAAGACAUAAUUUUUCUUUUGAAUCCACCCCCACUUUUUGGGGGAUCCUGCGAGGAGGUGUGGUUGGGUCAGCCAGGGCCCCGGGAUGUGGUUUAAAUGGAUUACUGCCUAGCUGAGCCAAAACGUUUGCUUGUACCUGUUGGACCACUACAGCAAACCGCUGCUUACAGUGCAUUGUGUAUUUAUGUAGUACUGUUCUGCAUUUUCCAUACAGAAACAAAAUUUGCAAGUCAAUCACUGUCUUUCCCAUGGUACUGUUAAGGGGAAAAAAAAGGAAAAAGAAAAAAAAAGAAAGAAAACCAGCCGAUCAUUGUAUGUACAGAGUUAAAAAUUGUAAUUAAUAGAGCUUGUUGGGAAAAAAAAAAAAAAAAACAACUGUUGCCUUUUUUUCUUGUAUAAAAGAGAAUAUAUGACAAAAAUUUAGCUGUGAGGAAUGUGAUAUGUGUUUAUAUUUCUGACUAUGGAACAAAUUGAUUCAAGGGGAUAUAUUUUAAUGUAAACUAAAUCAGGUAUGUAAAGUUGUUUUAAAAUGGGAGACUAUAUGAGUAAUUCUCUAAAGCUUUAGUUGGUUUGAAUACCCUCAUUUCCUCCACGGUGAGCCUGCUCGUGAAUUAUUAAGCACUUGUUUGCAUUCUCUAUUCCUCACUCAUCAUCUUCUUGCAGUGUGCUAUGGACUUAAUGCUCUUUCGGUAUUGAUGGAAAGCAGUAUGUGGGCCAAUCUUUUUAUAAAACACUAUGCAUAUAUAAAUAUUACAUUGUUCAUAGCUUUACUCGACUUAUGGGUUUAUACAUGACAUUAGAAUGAGUAGCUACCGUUGUGUGGACAUUUAUAAACCAAGUUCCUUUCCUGGAACAGACACAAUGUACAUUCUAUAGCUAAAAAGAAGGAAAAAGGUCUGUGAAUGCUAUUUUUAUUAUCAGAAUUUUCGAUACCAAGCAUACUUUGAGCUGUGGUAGCGAGGCUGAGGAAGAGUACAACUGAAUAACGAUGUUAUUUUUCAUCAAUUUUCUAGGAGCUGACAUGGAGGUAUUUUUCCUAAGGCUCCACCUGCUAGGAUUUUUCUCACUACUUCUAUCAAAAUCUGUGAUGUUAAAUGACCAAUGCACUCACUUGUGGUCCAGAGUUUAAAAUAAAUGAAAUCAAGGUAGAUUUGGGGGGAACAUGUGAAAGUUAACAUCUUGAUGUGAGAGAUGAUACCUGUCAUUUUAAAAUCUGUGUGCAACUCUCCUGGGCUUGUCUUGGUCCAUGACAACUUUUGGUAUGGCAGUUUCACCUAAGUCCCACACAUCAGAUUUGCUUUGGAAAUAUUGUACUGUACAGGGACUAUGCAUUAAGCAGAAAGAUAUAGUUUUCUUGGAACUACUGUAACCUUAAAUUGGAAAAUGAUUCUUGUGAGCCUACUUUCCCUCCCCCUCCUCCCCUUCAUGUAAAUGUCUUGAUGAGAGAUGAUGGAUGAAGUAUUUUGUAUGAUUCAAUCAUUUGAAUUCCUUUCCCCCCAUUAUACAGUUGAUGCCUGAAAGAAUGUUGGGGGGAGGACUCAAAACCCUACUUGUAUUUUUUAAGUUUCUUUUGUGAAAGAUUUUUUAAUGCAUUUUUACUGUAAAAAUACAUGGAAAUGUAUGCAUUCCAUAACCA